CCGCGCCGAGCCCCGCCGUCUGCGGGGGCGGCGGCCGCGGAGGGAUGGAGCCGGCCGGCCCCUGCCGGACGCAGUUGGGCUCCGCCAACGACUCUUACCGAAACUGUAGCGCCGAGGAAGUGAUUUACCAAGAUGCCACCCCUCUCUCCUGGAAGAUCGUGCUCGCCGUCGUCCUGGCGCUGGUCACCCUGGCCACGGUGCUUUCCAACGCCUUUGUCAUCGCCACGGUCUACCAGACGAGGAAACUCCACACGCCGGCCAACUAUCUGAUCGCCUCGCUGGCCGUCACCGACCUCCUCGUCUCCAUCCUCGUCAUGCCCAUCAGCACCAUGUACACUGUGACCGGCAGGUGGACGCUGGGUCAGAUCGUCUGCGAUAUCUGGCUGUCCUCGGACAUCACCUGUUGCACGGCGUCCAUCCUGCACCUCUGUGUCAUCGCCCUGGACCGCUACUGGGCGAUCACCGACGCCGUCGAGUACUCCACGAAACGGACUCCCAAGCGGGCAGCGGGCAUGAUCGCCCUGGUGUGGAUCUUCUCCAUCUGCAUCUCCAUGCCCCCUUUGUUUUGGCGGCAGGCGAAGGCCGAGGAAGUAUCUAACUGUGUGGUGAACACGGACCACGUCCUGUACACCGUGUACUCCACAGUCGGAGCCUUCUACUUCCCCACUCUGCUGCUCAUAGCCCUCUACGGGAGGAUCUACGUGGAAGCCCGGUCGCGGAUUUUGAAGCAGACGCCAAAGAAAGCAGGUAAAAGACUAACGCGGGCACAGUUAAUUACAGACUCCCCGGGGUCGACCUCUUCCGUCACGUCCAUAAACUCCAAGGCUCCCGAGGGAUCCAGCGAAACGGGCUCCCCCGUGUACAUGAACCAGGUGAAGGUGAAGGUAUCGGACGCCCUGCUGGAGAAAAAGAAGCUGACGGCCGCUAGAGAGCGGAAAGCUACAAAGACUUUAGGGAUUAUUCUAGGAGCCUUCAUCGUGUGUUGGCUGCCCUUUUUCAUCAUCAGCUUGGUGAUGCCUAUUUGCAAGGACGCUUGCUGGUUCCACAUGGCCAUCUUUGACUUUUUCAAUUGGCUUGGAUAUCUCAACUCCCUCAUCAACCCCGUCAUCUAUACUAUGUCUAACGAAGACUUCAAACAAGCUUUCCACAAACUCAUACGUUUCCGAUGCACAGGCUGAAAUGUUGAAUGCGAUGUGCUCCCCGGGGCAGCCCCCAUGCACGCCCGCGCCCGGCGCCACAGAAUCAAGUUGCUAUUGUAAAGACCCACUGCUUGAAACUUCCCCAAGCCCAGUUGCCAGACUCAUGAUGCUGCAAAAACGUCAAUACAUUCUGCCACCAAACUGCUCAGCUCUGCGUUUCAGUGUAAUGACUCUGGCAGAGAUGCUGUUCCAAUAGGCACGCAGAUCAAUUGCAAAAAAAAAAAAAAAAAAGAGGGCAGCCUCGAAUCAAGGUCUAUAAUUCAUCUGGAAUGAAGAAAAAAAGUUUGAGAGUAAACUCCAUUUAUUUUGCAGGCUUAACUUCUUAAUUUGUUCUCUGGCCGGUUGUAGGGGUGUGCACAAGAGCACAGUUGUCUCUGUCUGUGUUGGUAGCAUAGUUGUACUUCUGCACACCUGUAAUUUCUUUCUUUCAGUGGAAAGAGUUGCUCGCUUCACCCAUGAGGCCAAGAGGAGACAAACUCACGUUUAAAAUAGGAGCAUCACAGUAAAUUCUGUAAAUGACUCCUUCAGCUGAACAUGUGUGAGAAGCGACAGUGUGCAAAAGUUUUAUAUUUGUUUUCAAAACAAUAGUAAAUGAAAAUGCUCUAGAAACAAGAGUUGUAGACCUGUUCAACUGCACUGCAUAUCUGUAGUCUGUCCUCAUAGUUGCCUUUAAAAAGGAAAUACUUCUUGAUUUUACUCCAUAAGAGCAGAAAUCAAGAAGUCCAAUGACCUUUUCCAUAAACCACCUGGGAAUAGGAGUAGCAGUUUGAUGCUGUAACCAUGUUUUCCAUUUUGUGUCGGUUGCACACCCUUACCGCAUGAACCACUGCGAAAUUUAGAAUUCUCUAAGUACUUAACAUUAUUUAGUGUAUUUUGUAAAGAAGUGAAGCAGUUUGCUCUUUCAGAAGAGCUAUUUCACCUGCAAAAUAAAUACCCAUGAAUCAUGAAUUUACUGAUGUUAGUGAAAUUUCUUGCCUCCCUACUUCCCCCCAAUGUUUUUUUAGUUUUUCUUCUUUUGUUUUGUUUUUUGUUUUUUGUUUUCUUUUUUCUCCCGAUUGGACCUUAAGACAGGUCUGUGCGUAUUCAGCAGAGUUUCAGGUUAUGGUCCACCUGCUGUGAUAGAACUGCAUUGAUUGUUCCUCUUAUGUGUAAAUGAAAAUGAGUAUAAACAAUAAAACGCUUGACUGUGUUCUCAA